CGAGCCAUGCGCGUAAUAAUACGAAAACCAGUGUAAAUAAAAAUGGAAACCACGGAAAAAUUUCCGGUCAUUAUUCCACGCCGUGAUUGUGUUUAUUUCAAUCACUCCACUUAUGCGGUUUGUGUUUAAAACUGAAUAUUGUGUGACGCAAGUGGAUGUUCUCCUGCCACUCAGAGACAACAUAAAUUUACAGGCAAAGCAUAUUCCUAUGUUUGAUCUUACAAUGGAGUAUAACUUAUUACUUAGUGCCAUGAUGUCCAUAAUUCAGCUUUCAACAGCAAUUGUAAACUGUCGACAUCAUAACAAUGUAAAAACGUUUGCAGUGUUGGUGUUCAUGUGUUUAACAACGGUAUCCGCAAAAGCAGGGCCCAAAAGGACUCGGAAUGGCGAUUAUGAUCUCUGCCACAACGGUGCCAUUUCACCGCGAGAUCCGUUCUUUCUUUUGGGGUCCCCUAUUGUUCUUAAUUGCACGAGUAACUGGCCGUCGUCUAACCUCACAUUUCUCUAUGGAACCAACAGCACCGAAGUGGAUUCCCAGUACAUAAGCAUUGUGAACGAUACGACAAUCACGAUGAAGCUCCCUCCAGUUACCAAUGACACGAUACGCGAGUAUAAGGCAUCCAUGUCAUAUCGCUGUGUAGAUAAGCAAAUCCCCGACAAGAUCACUUGCAUAAGCAACACACAUGUGAAAGUAGAUUGUAACUUGUGUCCAAACACCUCAUGUGAUCAGCUUUUAGAUUAUCCUGUGGCUCCAAUCGAUUUCCGUUGUCGAAUACUGGGAUUUGAUACAAUGAACUGUUCAUGGGACCUGGCAGUGAAAUAUACACAUAAUAUUAGUGUGAAAUGCAAGUACAGAGCGUCAAAUUCAAAGUCUUCUUUAGCCUUUGUAAGUGACAUUUUCAGUGACAUAGGUGACUUUGAAAAAUGCCCUGAAAAGAGGCCAAACGGGUGUUUUUGGAAUGUGACGAGCUUUACCGACGCUGAAGUUUUUUACAUAGCUCUCUCUGUCACCAACAAGCAUUUGAAUGUAACUGUGCACGCUGGCAAUGAUACAUGUGAUACAACGCCAUGUUACAUUAUCAGGAAAUAUGAUAUCGCUGAACCUUUUCCCGUUACAAUUCACGACCUUGGAUUUGAUCAUUGUUGGACUAAUGGCACUCGCUGCGGGAGGUUGCAGUGGUGGAAGCCGUCCAAUUUUUCCACACACAAUCUUGCCUUUAAUAUCACCAGCACCUCUGAUUGUGACUCUCCCAAGACUUAUGAGACGAACUUUGUGAAAAAAUACGAAGAUCCACCACAACUGAAGUCCCUUGAACUUCCUGAUCUGAAUCCCUUCACACAGUACAACAUCUGUGUGAAGGCCCGCUACUUGGAAAACAAUGUUCAGAAAGGCUAUUGGAGUGAACCGCGUUGCAUUUCGAAAUUAACCCCGCCUGCAGUUCCAGACGUAAGUCCAGAUGAAUCAAGCUUGCUGUAUGAAAUCCAGAACACUGAAAAUGUUGUAAUCUACUGGAAGCCUCUGACAUCAUGUGAAAUCCACUCACAGCAAAACGAUACUUUCUACAAAAUUUCGUUUGGCGGUCAAUAUUUGAUAGAGAGUUGGAGUUCCGAGCACUUCAGGAGGAACAUUCAUAUAUCUGCCAAUGAAAGCACCAUAGUUACCAUUGAGACUGGUAACAGUGUUGGCAGAUCUAAAAAAGCAGCCAUUUUGAAAAUUCCACAGGAAUCGGAAAGGCCAAAGCCUUCCAAACUUAUCAUUCAGUAUGGCCUUUUCACUCCCAACAUUACGAACGUGUCUGCUACAAUCUAUCCACACGAGGGGAUGACUGGAAAUGUCUCCCACAGACUUGUUGUUUGUAUUGGGAGUGACAGUUGUAAGCAAUCACUUGAGAUAGUGGAUAUGCCAUAUGGUGUGAUAAAGUAUGAAUUUCCAUGUAAACAUUUCUACGGCAACUACAGAUAUGGACUGGUCACGCGGUCACUUGACCUGGACAAUGGUCAAUGGCUGGACACGGGCAUAGACUGGGUUAGGUGCAAGUACCAACUUGGAAAAGUGCCAGACAAAGUACAGCAUGCGAAUGUGUCAGAGUCUGUACACGGCUCGUUGAUGGUCCAUUGGAAGUUGCAGGAUUGUCUCCAUGGCAAUGUGGCGUAUGUCCCGGGAUACACAGUGAAGUCCUGCACAGGGCACAUUGACUGCAAAUGUCAGAACUUCAAAGAGACAAAUGUCUCAGCUGAUAUCUCCCAUUGGACCCUUCAAGAUCUGGAGGAGAAUAUGCCUGUGUGUGUCUGGGUGUGGGCACAGGGUCUUGCAGGGCCUGGUCCCGAAACCUUGGUGACACCUAAUGCUUAUGUCAUGCAGCAGAGUUCAAAAGAUGCUUCUAUUAUUGCUGGCAGUGUGGCUGCUGGUUUUAUACCUGCAAUUAUAGUAGCAUUUGUAAUGUAUAAGUGUCAAGUAUUAACCAAAGUUAAAGAGUGGUAUAGGAACAAAAAGAAAAUUGAUAUUGACCAGAUAAUAAUCAACAAUCAUCAGGAAUUAAGUCCGUUAAACAACUCUGAUGAAACCAAUGGCUCUGGUAGUAGCUACCCAUUAAAUGGUUACCAGCGAACAGACCAAAUGUCAGGUUUUACAGACACUGACGGAUUUAAUGGAGAUUCGGCAAAUCAGAUGGAGUCGCGAUGUACCGAAACAACAGGUCUCUUGUCUACAGGACGGAGCAGCGAAAACGUCCCAAUGGAGCCCAUUCAAGACUUUAUGGAAAUGGUUCACGAAUCUCGUGAUAAAAUUCAUGAAGUUAUUGAAGUUGCAGAGGAAGACAGUAGAGAGGAAGAGAAAAAAUGUUUAAAUUCUGAGAACAUUAUUCAAAUUGAAAAUGAACAUUCUUCAUUGACUGAUAUUUUCAGUAAAUUGGACAUUCAAAGUGAGAACCCUUCCCUUGAGACAGAUUUUAAAGACCCCCCUUCCAGUUACCGUGAUGAUUCUCCUUUGACAAUUAAGCAGACUGAGCAAUUCAGUGGCUCCAACUCUUUUCAUGCCGUUGGUUACAAGGAUGUGAGGCGGAUGAGUUUAUCAAACUUUGAAGAGGUCAUUGACCUUGAUUCAGAUAGUGCGAUCGGUUACCAAAAGACAUUUUCAGAUAGUGAUCUGGAUAGCUGUUCUACCUCUUCUGAGCCCAUUGUUGGGGAUGACCAGCAAGACACUUAUCCAAUAUCAAAUAUGGUCAGAAAAGAUUUCUUUUCUGAUAAGAUAGAGGAAGAUGGUUGCAAAUCGGAUUGUUCCACAGAUAAAUCUCAUGUUUCUACUGUUGAAAGUCCCUCACACAGUGCACCAAGCUACAUGCAAGCUGGUUUAAACAAAGACUUCAAUAGCACUAACACACAAUUGCUGGGCAAAAUGUCUGAAAAACAUGACAUUAAUUUAAAUGACAAGUCUCACAUGAUAAAUGGGCAGGUAAGUCCCUGUGAAGAAAGUCUGUUCUAACUGUGAUAAUUGUUUUUUAUAAAUAUUUUAUCAUAGCUUUUUUAUGCACCCAGCAUUUUUAUGUGAAAUUGUGAUGGAACAUUUUUGCCAGUCAAAUGGGCAAUCAAGCACUGAUCAGGGGCAUGUUUGUUUACGCAUGUUUGUUUGUUCUUGUUGCUGAUAAUUGUUUCAAUAUAUACUUGUUUCUGUUACUGGUCAUGAUUGUAUGGAUAAGAAUCUUUUGUAUGAAAAUAAUUUUAGAUCAAGUUUUAUCUUAUUGCCCUGUAUACCAAAGAUCUAUCAAUAAAAAUGCAUGUUUAUUGACAGAUCUUUGUUUACACUUAAUACCGAGAUACAUAAUAAGUACACAAACAUUGGUUUCCUUUAUCAUGGUCCUUAUUUAUGUAUGUAACCAAGACGAUGUUUGUAUUUUUGAAUGCAAAGGGUUUAGGUUUUAACACAGCAAAGAAUGCAGCAGACACAAUUUGUUGUGAUUGAAUAAGUGUAUUAGGUUUUUAAUUGAAAUAUAAAAUGCUUUAUUUAAAGAAACCUUUCUGAUUGAUUUAUUGAAUGCUAUCGAUUUUGUUUACACAAUGUCACAUGCUUGUUGGAGUCCUCCACAUAUUCUUGUUAUUUUUUUAAUGUGAAAGAUUUUUUCAUCAUACCUACAAAACCUGUUACUGCCUACCUACUACCACUGCUGAUGCUGCUAAUAACUUUGUCAUCACACAACUACAUCUUCAUGCCUGUCCUAACAAUGCUCAUCUUGUUUACAUAGCUAAUCAGUCGAUGGACUGGGUUUGGGGAUCUAUUUCUAUGACCUAUCGUCCAUAAUUGAAAGUUUUAGAAGCUGUUUCAAUUGGUGUUGUUCAGUGUCCUGUUUUACUAUUUACACUGAUGACAGAUGUAGAUUAGAAAUGGUUAUUUUCUUUCCAAAACCCACCAAUACUAAAACUUGGUGUUAAGCACAGAUUUAAGUAUUUGCUAAUGGUUACUGGAUACGGCAUUGACCUAAAGUGAUCAUAACUGUUGCUCAUCAUUGGAGGCUUCAUUCUCAUAAGCACUGGUUCUACCCUCAAAAUGGACUCAAAAGAGUACCAAUAAACCUCCUUAUGACUCAUUCAAGUUUGCAUUGAAGUUUCAAAAUUUCUUUAUUGGUUUGUAGUGUUUACAUACUUAAUAUUAUGUGCCAUUGUUUUCAAUUUGUUAGUGUUUUUGUAUUUCUGUUGUGGUAGAAUUUAAUUGUCAACAUACAAAAGGAAUCUAUGAUAAACAAAUAGAGUGUGGUAGAUAUACCGGUAAUUGUGUUUUUUUUAUUAAAUGCUGCAGACUAAAUUAUGUUUUAUCACUGGUAAAUAUAAAGGAUUGAAGUCAAACUUCAACUGUUAUAACAUGUACGUGAAUUGCCAUUACAUUUCUGUGUUGUUUCUUGAAAUAAUGGCUUAGUAUUUUCCCCUGUACUAUGUCAAAUUUAAUUUAUGUGAAUGACAUUGUAAUAAAAUUUCGGACAUGAUCUCUUUGUGUGGUGUUGUAAAACUUAAAAUGUUUUCAUUGUUGUACUUUACUACACUGCUUUAAAAAAUGAUCUGUAUUAUAAUAACUGUUUGGAAGAAGAUAUGUACAAAGUUAAUACAGCUAUGAUUUGCAUGUGAUGCAAACAAAUGCCAUCAUUUAUGUUUUGUGCCAUAUAUUUUUGAAAGUGCAUACUCAUUUCAUAAUGUUUCCAUCAACUUACAUAUUUUUUUAUUCCGAUAAUAAUCACUGUUUGUUGCUGUUUUGUCACUGUUAGAUCUAUUUUCAUCUACUGGCAUAGGACUAUCAUUUGUACAAUCAUCGUUGAGGCUCUGCAUCUGUUUGAUUUAUACGAGCUGUACAGAAAAAUGUGUUUGUCUGACACUAAUGGUCCUUAUUCUUAUGAUGCCAUGCUCAUGUUUUUCCUUUACUUGUGCAUUCCACAUUUUUCAAACAAACCAAACUCAUCAUAUUUUCAAUUUGCUGCUAUACUAGUAUGUGUUGUACAAAUGCUUCGAAUAUAUCUUAUUUACAUUUUUUAAAUAUUUUUAUUACAUUAUUUAUUAUACAUUAUUCAUUAAACAUUGUCAUAUCUGUAGUACUGAAUUUAGACAAAACAUUAAACUUAGAAUUGA